GCACUGAAAAGCGUUUUCUAACGUUCGCCAACACUGGCUCGCAAAUCAUCCAUUCUUGUAUUAUUAUGGCCAAUCGCCGAGUUUGCUGACCAUCUAAUACGUUCAAGUCGCAGGCAUAGCUAUUUCGCGAGGACUUACAGAUAGUGCUACAUCUAAGUACCGAUUCCGUGCAGUGGGAUCGCCGCACAGGAAGAGAAAACGCCGAAAACGAAGCCUAUUCCCCUCGGUUUUCCCUUUCGGGCGAGAGACGCCGACCAGCUAAAUAUUUUCCUGCGGUAGCAUAAGGUUACACAGUCCGCCACAGCAAUGAAAUGGACAAUGCCCUCUGCCAUUAGUGGCGCGGCCCACGGCCAGGUGCACAUACCCAGCAACGAGGAGUGCGGCAUCCGGGACGUGUGGAAGCAUAAUCUGGAGGAGGAGUUCCGCACCAUCCGGAAAGUGGUGCAAAAAUACCAUUAUGUGGCCAUGGACACUGAAUUCCCGGGAGUGGUGGCGCGACCGGUCGGAGAGUUCCGCUCCACGGCGGACUAUCACUAUCAGCUGCUUCGCUGCAAUGUGGAUCUAUUGCGAAUCAUUCAGCUGGGACUGACCUUCAUGGAUGACGAGGGCAAGACGCCACCGGGCUACUCAACAUGGCAGUUCAACUUUAAGUUUAAUCUAAGCGAGGACAUGUAUGCACAGGACUCCAUCGAUCUGCUGCAGAAUUCCGGGAUUCAGUUUAAAAAACACGAAGAGGACGGCAUCGACCCCAUUGAGUUUGCGGAGCUGCUCAUGAGCUCCGGCAUCGUUUUGGUGGACAACAUCAAGUGGCUGUGUUUCCAUUCCGGCUACGACUUUGGCUACCUCUUGAAGCUGCUCACCGACCAGAACCUGCCCGCCGACGAAGGCGACUUCUUCGAGCUGCUGCACAUCUACUUCCCCAACAUAUUCGAUAUUAAGUAUCUGAUGAAGUCGUGCAAGAACCUGAAGGGCGGCCUGCAAGAGGUGGCCGACCAGCUGGAGCUGCGUCGAGUUGGCCCCCAGCACCAGGCCGGCUCCGAUGCCCUGCUGACGGGCAUGGCCUUCUUCAAAAUGCGUGAGGUACAGCAUACAAAUGAUUUGCACUUUGACCUAGCCGCGCCGAUCGUACUCUUUCCCUACCUGCUUGAGCACACAAUGCACGUGAAGCCGUCGGUCGGCCGGGUGAGCCUGUUGACGCCAGCUCGUUCGGCCAAUCUGGGGGAUGCAGGUGCCAACAACAACGGCAACUCAUCCGGCGAGCUGCUCACAUCGAGCUCCUUUCCGGUCACGCCCCCCAUUUCGCCGGCGACCACGUCGACUGGGGACGAUGACAGCUCGUCGCUGGGCUACUAUUAUCGCGUCCUGUCGGACUCGCUGUCCAACAGCACAUCCGACUACUGACACUAUAAAUCUUGGCCUUUGCACCUCCACAUAUUCAUUGUCUGUUAUUCAUUACCCGGCAUAUACUAGUAACCAUUACUCGAUAUCCAUUAGGCUUAAGGUGGAUCACGGCCUCCGGGCACUCAUUAUUUCUUAUUUAGUUUAUAUCUUAUAUUGGACUUGCAUAUAGCACACGAAGUGCUAGUAACUGAAGUUGACUAAUUUGAAGUUUUAGUUAGUUUGAAUUUAUUGAAAAACAUGUGAAACAUGCUUGUUAUAAUUUUAAAAAAGCUUGCACUGCGAGAAGCGCAGAGAAGAUGACGGAUUUGAUGGAUUUGAGUGGAAAAUUAAAUGGAUUGAUAUUAAUUUUCAUUUUAAAAUAUUUAUUUUUUAAUUUUGGUAUCUGGGCAUUUAAGUAUCUUGUAUUACUCGAGUGGCAUGGUUUAUUUCGUUCCAGUGGAUAAACACAAUACUGUAUAAAAUCACUACUAUUUUUAGUUUGUAGUCUUAGCUUUAAGUUUGAAUUUAUAAUUUGAUUUGCCGGAUUUCGUAUUAAAACCAUGUUUCAUAUCUUUUAUAAUUUUAAGAUCUUUGUUGAAACAAAUUUCCAUACUCUGCACUGUGUAUAUAAGCGUAGCAAGAGCUUUAACUUCUAGGGAACUGCUGACGCACAGUUCCCACCCUCUAAACAAGCAAAUCCCGAAUUAUAUCUCGAAUUCAACUCGAAUCUAACCCCAACAAUAUUAAGAAAUCUGUUAUAAUGUAGAACCUUCGCCUAACCAUCUCAUCGGUAACGGUAUGUAACAUAAUGUAAACCCAUAAUUAAUAAUAAAAAAAUUAAGAAUCCCCAAUUGAA